GACAGCUCCCCCGUGCAGGUGCCAGGCAGGUGGCUCGGCCAGCCCAGCCGCACCAUGAGCUCCUUUGACCUCCAGGCGCCCUCUCCCCCUCGCUGCAGCCCCCAGUUCCCCAGCAUCGGCCAGGAGCCCCCCGAGAUGAAUCUUUACUAUGAGAACUUCUUCCACCCCCAGGGCGUGCCCAGCCCUCAGCGGCCCCCCUCCUUCGAGGGAGGCGGCGAGUACGGGGCCACCCCCAACCCCUACCUCUGGCUCAACGGGCCGGCCAUGACCCCGCCACCCUACCUGCCAGGCACCAACGCCGGCCCCUUCCUACCUCAGGCAUACGGGGUGCAAAGGCAGCUGCUGCCCAGCAUGUCAGGGCUGGGGGGUGGUGACCUGGGCUGGCUGCCCAUCCCCUCGCAGGAGGAGCUGAUGAAGCUGGUGCGGCCCCCCUACUCCUACUCGGCGCUCAUCGCCAUGGCCAUCCACGGGGCGCCCGACAAGCGCCUCACCCUCAGCCAGAUCUACCAGUACGUGGCUGACAACUUCCCCUUCUACAACAAGAGCAAGGCCGGCUGGCAGAACUCCAUCCGCCACAACCUGUCGCUCAAUGACUGCUUCAAGAAGGUGCCCCGGGACGAGGAUGACCCCGGCAAAGGGAAUUACUGGACCCUGGACCCCAACUGUGAGAAGAUGUUCGACAAUGGAAAUUUCCGCAGGAAGAGGAAAAGGAAGUCGGAUGUUUCCUCCGGUACUGGCUUCUUGGCCUCGGAGAAAGCGGAGAGCACUUUCCUGGCCGGCAGCCCCAAGACCACGGAGCCCCAGGACGUCCUGGACAGCACUUCACCGGGCACCACCAGCUCCCCAGAGAAGCGGCCCUCCCCUCCCCCGUCGGGCACCCCGUGCCUCAACAGCUUCCUCUCCACCAUGACGGCCUAUGUGAGCGGGUCGAGCCCCGUGAGCCACCCUGCGGCCACGCCAGGACUGAGCCCUGAGCCCACUGACAAGAUGGGACAGAACUUGCUGAACUUUAGCUCCUACACCCCCCUCACCAACCUCAGCGGCCACGGGGGUGGGGGUGAAUGGGCCAACCCCAUGCCCACCAACGCUCUCGGCUACGGGGGCUCUGUCCUCAACCAGUUCAGCCCUCAUUUCUACAACAGCAUCAACGUGAACAAUGGCCUCUACCCCAGGGAGGGCACCGAAGUUUAGAAACAGAAGAGCUCCCAGGCCGGAUGGACAUGCCCGAGAGAAAGGCACUGAAGGCCCUCCGUGCCUGUAUCCCUGUGCUCCGACACCUCUGGGCUGCCCAGACACACACAGGAGGCUCAGGGGGAUGCAUUCUUCUUCUAGAACUCUGUGUAAACCUUCUUUUUGUCACACAUAUGUCCACACACACCCACCAACCUUGCAGGGGAAAUACUGGUGCGUGGAUCACAGUAAUCCUGGCGGCCACUUGUUGAGCACAUGGACGCUCUACUGGGCACUGUCCUAGGCUCUUUGAGGGCGUGAUCACACUUACUAUUUACAGCCACCUCUGGGGUUCAUAUGGACCUCCCCAUUUAACAAAUGAGGAAACUGAGGCUCGAGGAAAUUAAGUAGCUUUCCCAGGGUCAUACAAUCUAGCAAGUGGCAGAGCCAAGAGUGAGGUCUGGGUCUAUGUGACCCCAGUUUGGACCAACGGAGGCAGGGAUGGAGGGAUUGGUGAGCAGCUAAGAAAUGUCACGUGAAAGCGGAUUAUGGCAAGCACAUCCAAACCUCCCCACUGCCUUCCGGCCAGCCAACAGAAUUUAGCACCAGCCCCGGGCCUGUCUUGUCCUGGUCUGAGUUCUUAUUCUGUGGCCCCCAACUUACCUGCAGGAGGGUCCUUUGGCUUCCACUCAAGGAGGGAAGCUACCAGCGGGCUUCAUUCCAGACGCCCAGCCCCAUGCCCCUGCAGGACCAUGUGUCCAGCCUCUCCCCACAGAGGGACGUCUCUUCCCCAGCCCUGGGGCCCUGGAUCAGGGCAGGGAGAGGAGUGGU